AUGUUGUGUCUCUCUUACUGUUUCUUUUUUGUUCUUAUUUGUAAAAAAGGGAGUGGUGCGAAAAUACGCAGGAAAGGAACGGGGAGAAGUGUAUCAUUGUGUGCAAUGGGAAGAAAGAAGCGUGUGGCCAGUCAUGCCAUCAAGAGUAUCCUCAUGAAGGAGAAGAGUCUAGCACAGAAGAAAAAACGGGAAAUGGAUGGUUAUCAAGACACACCAGAGCCGGUGCUCUCGCAGGUCAAGGAUGAGGCUGCUGUGCGAUUUCAACGGAAUCAACUUACUGUCGCCGCGCCAAUGCAGACAAACAUGUUUCUUUCAUUUAAUAAGAGUCUUGGACCGCCGUUUCACAUCUGGCUGGAUACCAACUUUAUCAAUUUCUCGAUGCAGAAUAAGAUUGAGAUUGUAGAGGGGCUCAUGGACUGCAUGCUUGCGAAGGUUAUUCCGUGCGUGUGUGAUUGCGUCAUGGCAGAGUUGGAGAAACUUGGCAAGAAGUUUCGAAUCGCGUUGAAAAUUGCGCGUGAUAAACGAUUCCGGCGGUUGACAUGUGAUGGCAAGUAUGCGGAUGACUGCGUUGUGCGGACGGUGACGAGGCAUCCCAUCUAUAUUGUGGCAACAUGCGACCAGGAACUGAAAAGGCGACUGCGUAAGAUCCCUGGGGUGCCCAUUAUGUACAUCUCAAAACACCGCUACACCAUUGAGCGGCUGCCGGAAGUGUACGGUGCUCCUGGAUGA